AUGCUUUUCCUUUAUUUAUUAGCUGAACGCAACGUUACACAGUAUUGCUAUAGAGUCGAAAAGGAAGGGCUUCCACAAUGCAAUGAAGGAGAUAUAAAAGUUGCAUCCAUUCAAGAGUUUUAUGAUACAAUUAACGAGUCUGAGAUGGUAAAUCUCCGUAUUAUCUGCGACAGUACAUCCGUAGUUGAUAUUUCAUCCGCCAAACUUAAGGAUGCCGAGAUUGAUUUCUCUGGUGUUGAAGGUACAGAAAUUAAUUUUCAUUUGGAUAACCAAACUGAGUGCAGGCUUGAUGCCAUCGGUUUCAAGAACAUCACAGUAAAGCUUGAUUGCCAGGAAUACAUCACAUUCCGCCAUAUUUUCCUUGUUGGAACUAAAUUUACUUUCUCAACUCCGAGUGUGACCAUCCGCGCUCAUAAAAUCCACUCAGAUCUUAGCUCUAUUUCAUACUUCGCCAAGGCUAAUACGACAGAAUUCCAUUUAACAAGCGCUGAAGGACUUCCAGAUUCAAGUACAGAAAUUUUCGUUAGCACCAUCCUCGAAAUUGAAGCCCAGCACAAGGACUCCUCCAUGUCAAUCGGAAUUGACAAUUUGGAGAUGACUUACGGUUCAACUGUUAUUGAUUUCAGUAUGAAGACAAGUACACAAGUUACAAUCAACCACAACACUCCAGGAGUCGUAAUGAAGACAUUUGUUCAUAACGUUCAGUACAACAAAUCAACAGAUUCUGUUUAUACAAUUAAUGUCGCAAAUGGCGCAAUUAACGAGCUCUCCUAUGACUACUUCUACUCAGUAUCAGCUCCUGCUGUUCGCUCUUACCUCGGAGACAAAGCAACUCUCUCAAUUUCGAAUACAAAUUCCCAAGCCUCAAUUUUCGUUCAGGGAGAUGCUACACUCGAUCUGAAGGACAGCCGUAACGAUUGCGGUUUCUCUGACCUCACAAUUCUUACAAAUGGCUCACUUUUAAUUCAAAAUUCACCUUCUAUCAAAACAAUGUCAUUUUUCAACUAUUUAUCACUGAAUGGACUCGGAAAUGUCCGUGCGGCCAAUCCUGUCGAUGUUACAGUGCCAAAUGUUGAAUUACAUCAAACAUUAAUGGUAAAUAAUUUAUUUGAGAACAUAAAUCUCAAGAAUGUUCUCAAAUUUGUUCAGGAAGAUGCAGUAUCCAACAUUCCAUCAAUUUCAUUUGCAAAGGACAGCAGAUUCAAAUAUAAUUACAAUAUGCAAACUAAUAGCCACGUAACAUUCAAUAAUUUCGAUUUCAAAGGUACAGCAGAGAUGUAUUAUACAGAUUCCAGUGUUCCAACUGACGAAGAUGCCCAACAUCUUGUAGAUUCACCACUUUAUGCGUUUUGCACAACUAGUAACUACGAUUGCAAUGAUUGGAACAUCGCUGCAACAUCACAGGAUAUCGAUGGCCUCACUCCAUCUACUUCUAUCCUUAAACCAAUCUGCCGUAAAACAAAUGGUUACAUCUGCGCAGGUUUCCAAUACGAUGAUACACCAGGAAAGAUCUUCCCACAGAUCUGCUACGCCCAGGAAUCGUAUAUGUGUCCUAAAUCCACAAUUUGGGUAAAUUCGACAUCAUCUCAAAAGAUUUCAUCUUUAGUAUCGAACAAAGUCAGAAGCAUCAAAGUUAAGACAAUGGAGUCCAUGGAACAAGGCUUCUUCGACUUCUCCGGACUCAAACAGAUGACUCCUAUUUCAAUUAAAGGUUUGACUGGUUCUGUAAAUGUAAGUCUCAGAAUUGAUCCGAAAGAAUCGAUGAUUUCAGAAUUAACAUUAUCUAAUGGUGUUUAUGAUUUUGUUGGUAAUAAUAAAAUCAAUUUACCAUAUAUUGAAUUCGGCCAAUCAUCGAAUUUAGCAGAACACGCCAGAUCAAAUGUCAAGUUCUCUUCCACUACAGUUGUUGCCAUUUCCAUUGAAGUCCUCAACGAAUUCGAUGCAUCAAGUAUCAAGAAUGCCGUAAUUCCAAUUUAUAAUCCAGUCGAAAUCACAUUUACAGAAGAUGGAUGGACAUUCAAGGUUGAUUUCGAGUAUAACGUUACAGCAAAGUCAUACUCAAUCCCAUUAUGGAUCGAUACAGCUGGAUCUAUUUCACUUAAAUCAAAUCCAUCAGUCAAAAACACCAUCCCUCUCAAGCUGAUGGCCAGAAAGGGUGUAAACAGCUACUCUGUCUUUAUCGGUGAUGGUUUCAAGGAAGGACAGAAGGCAAUUACACUUUUAGACGAUUCAUAUGCAAAGAUCCAUACUAAAUCACGUUAUCUACCUUUCGAAUUCUCAGGAGAUAAGAACAACUUCGCAAUUGUCGAAGGAAUUUCCGGAGUUCAAGAGUAUUUCUUGGGAGAUCUCAAAUUAACUGAGACAACAUUGAACCCAGACAUGGAAAUUCCAGGUCGCGUUGUUGUAAAUACACUAGAGGCAGGUGGUACAGUCUAUUUGAACGGUUCUCUUACGAUUAAUGAACUAAUUCUUGGAGAUUCCGCUAAAAUCGACAUGACAGAUGUAAUCAUUAAACAAAAUAACCUCACUAUACCAAAACUUGGCUCAAUGGCCGCAAUUAAAAGUACUCUUCCAAAGAAUAUUCGUAUUAUGACAACACCAAACGAUUCCGGCACUCUCCAAGUUGGCGAUGAUUCUACAAAGAUGCCAGAGUCCAUCAUUGUCGACUGGUCUGUCGAUAGUGUCCCAUCAGAUGGACUAAAUCAGAAAGUUCCACUAAUUUUCUGCCAUUCGAACACAGCAACACUCUCAAAGAUCAUAAGCCUUACGAAUACAACAAAGAAAGUCGGAAAGAAGGAAGUUACUGUUAAACUUGAAUUCCAAGAUUUCCAGGUCUCCCUUUUGUACUCAGCACCACGUGACAAGUCAACUGUCAUGAUCGCUAUUGGAAUCACCGCACUCACUGUAAUUGUUAUCGCUUCUCUUGUUGGAUUAAUUUCUUACCUCAUCUGCUGCAGGAAACACAUGAAGAGAGACUUGAAGCUCCUCUCUGCAGAAACACUCCUUCAAGGUGGACCACAAUUUUAA